AUGGAGCGUGCAACUGCCAACACUGCAAGUCGCAAAGAGGCCUCCUUGAAGCGAAGAGCCACGCGCUCGUCGUGGUCCAACCAAGACGGAGCUUCCACAAACCAGACUGAGGUUCUCAGGCUUCUUUUCCUUCCUUUCUCCGCUUCAGCGUCUCCGAAUUCCGUCACCGUGGCGGACCCAGAAAAUGAAGUCUUGCGAAGCACCUUUCCAUCUUACAUGGCGGAGGGCGAGCGGCUGUAUCUAUGCGGGGAGUUCGCUAAAGCCGCCCAUAGCUUCAGCAAUGCUCUUCACCUUCAGAGCGGAGAUAAGAACUGCUUGGUUGCCCGCUCCAAGUGCUUUCUCAAGAUGGGAGAGCUGGAAAAAUCCCUGGAAGAUGCUGAGGCUUCACUCCAGGGUGACCCAACUUUCUGCAAGGGGAUUUUACAAAAGGCUGAGACCCUGUACACCAUGGGCGACUUUGAAUUUGCCUUGGUGUUCUACCAUCGGGGCUACAAGCUGAGGCCUGAUCGGGAAUUCAAAGUUGGAAUUCAGAAAGCCCAGGAAGCCAUCAACAACUCGGUGGGAAGUCCCUCUUCUAUUAAACUGGAGAACAAAGGGGACCUGUCCUUCUUAAGCAAGCAGGCCGAGAGUAAGCGAGCCCAGCAGAAGCCUCAUCUCGUGAGACAGCUCGUACACCACCCCAAGAGAGAGAGCAAGCGGAAGGGCUCGCUCAAGAGCGAGAAGAUUGUCCGCCAGCUCCUGGGCGAACUCUACGUGGACAAGGAGUAUCUGGAGAAGCUCCUGUUGGACGAAGAUCUGAUCAAAGGCACCAUCAAGCAUGGCCUGACCGUGGAGGACCUCAUCAUGACGGGCAUCAACUACCUGGACACGCGCAGUGACUUCUGGCGGCAGCAGAAGCCCAUCUACGCCAGGGAGCGGGACCGGAAAUUGAUGCAAGAGAAGUGGCUGCGGGACCGCAAACGCCGUCCCUCGCAGACAGCCCGCUACAUCCUCAAGAGUCUGGAGGACAUUGACAUGUUGCUGACUAGCGGCAGUGCUGAAGGCAGCCUUCAGAAAGCUGAGAAAGUGCUGAAGAAGGUGCUGGAAUGGAACAAAGAGGAGGUGCCCAACAAGGAUGAACUGGUGGGAAACCUGUACAGCUGCAUAGGGAAUGCCCAGAUCGAGCUGGGGCAGAUGGUGGCGGCCCUGCAGAGCCACAGGAAGGACCUGGAGAUCGCCAAGGAGUAUGAUCUUCCUGAUGCCAAGUCCAGAGCCUUGGACAACAUUGGCAGGGUUUUUGCCAGAGUCGGGAAAUUCCAACAAGCCAUUGACACGUGGGAGGAGAAGAUCCCUCUGGCCAAAACCACCCUGGAGAAGACCUGGCUGUUCCAUGAGAUUGGCCGCUGCUACCUGGAGCUAGACCAGGCCUGGGAGGCCCAGAGCUACGGUGAGAAGUCCCAGCAGUGCGCCGAGGAAGAAGGGGACAUGGAAUGGCAGCUGAACGCCAGCGUUCUGGUGGCGCAGGCCCAAGUGAAGCUGAGGGACUUCGAAUCAGCCGUGAACAACUUUGAGAAGGCCCUGGAGAGAGCGAAGCUGGUGCAUAACAACGAGGCGCAGCAGGCCAUCAUCAACGCCUUGGAUGAUGCCAACAAGGGCAUCAUUGAUGAGCUGAAGAAAACCAACUACAGGGAUAUACUCAAAGAAAAGAAGGAGAAAGAAAAUGCCACUAUGUUGGAUGGUCAAACACGGACGGCAAAGGAGAAGGAAACGAGGAAAACAAAAGAUGAACCUGAGAAGGUGAUGAAGCAGUGGGAGCAGGAGCAAACGGAGAAACAGCCCCAAGGUGUCUUGUCUAAGGAAACUCUGGGGGUCACAGCUAGGCGACCAGAAGAGAGGCAGAGAGAAGACCCAGGAAAAGCCUCAUGGAGAAAAGAAUUGGGCGCAAAGGUGAGAAGUCCAGGAGACACUGCCAAAGGACAGUUUGGAGAAGCAGGCAGGACAGAAGAGAACAGAGAGGAAACCAGGGAAAUUUACAGGAGGCCUUCAGAACUGGAUCAAAACCUUUCAGAUGAAUCAAGCCCAAGGGAAUCGGAAGGACUAGAGAAGAGACUUUCAAAAACUGACGGAGGAGAGUCGGAAGCACUGGGGAAAACGGAAUCAGGAGAAAUAAAAGAAAUGGAAAUAACAGAAAAUUCUGAAAAAAUAGAAAAAGAUGAAAAGGAAGAUGAACCCAUUGAGUAGGCAUUAGGAUCAGCAGGCUGGUGUUCGCAGGGACCAUGGAGGUCUUACUAAACUGGACAUUCAAGCUGAGCUUUCUCUCUAAUGUGGACUGGGUCCAACAGGUCAUCCUGUCUCUAUUACCGUUUUCCCUUUAAAUGUGUAUCUUUCACUCUUACAAACCCUGAGUCUGUCAUUUUGCCUCCUUAUCGCCACCCAUUCUCAGAAGAGCUUUAGAGAAUGAAUGCGUGGGCAUGGGGGUCCCACUUGCUGAGCAGAACUCUGACAUUCUGACUAGGGGAGAAACACGGAGAUCCCCUCCCCAAACAAGUGUCACCAAGGUGUGAAAUGUGGUCCUCUCCCCCAGAUCCUGUGCGAGGACCUUGUGGAAGAAGUGAGAAAGAUGCUAAGAAGAAAGGGUUUCAGGGGAGGAAGAAACAGGUGAACUCCAACGAACUCCAAAAGCCUAAAGUGGGGAGGAAAGAGAAAGGCGUGGGAACAGAGGUAUGGCUGCCCAGCUGCUGACAUUGGUUCAUCUUGCUGAGUACCACUGUGUGCAGGGUACUGUGGGGGCUUUCUGGAAGAAAUAAGGAUGGGACAACCUCAGCCAUCACACAGCGAGGGAGACCUACUUGUAAACCCCGAAGCCUUGAAAAACAGAAUGAGGUGCCUGCUGGCACUGGUGGGGCUCUUGGAGCUCAGGGGGAGAAGGAAGAUGUCUGGCAGAGAACAGGGAGCAGCUGGGAGUAGGAAUUGCCUCAGGACCCACCUGUGCCACCCUGGGGGCCUGCAUACAGUCCAGUAAAUCAAGCUCCCCAAACUUGCUUCAUCCUCUGUAUAACAAGUACCUGUCUCAGGGCUUGAUGCUUAUUUAGCACAGUCGCUGGUACACAGGAAGCUCUUGAAAACCCACCCGAGCUUCCAGUGGUUUCACAGAGGGGCGGCUAAGCAGCUGCCCCAGAGGAGGAGUUAAGAAUUUCACUGCUUUAUCUAUCUAGCCCCUUGGCCACUGCCAUCCUAGUUCCAGCUCCAUAGUUAAUGGAAGGGUUGGGCCUGGUUGGGGCAGAGGCUGACUUUGGGCCUGCCAGACUAGGGAGAGGCAAGUGAGGCAUUUCAGCUGCAACUUUUAAGAAACAUAGGGUCAAAAAAAACUCAGUAAGCAAGAGAAACAGUAUUUUAACGCAAUAUUGCAAAAAAAAAAAUUGCAAAACUCUGAGAAAUUGAAUAUUUCCUGCCACAUCAGUAAACAAGGAUGUCACAGUCAUCAGCGAUUGCAGCCACCUUGGAAGGUGAGCUGGUGAGCCCUAAGGGAGCACAGAAAGGAGAAUACCUGCAACCUAGCAAAAAUCAAACCAUUCCCUACGGCUGAGCCCUGAGGAAAGGAAGUUCAGGAUGUGAAAAAUACCGGACACAGGCUCCAGGUAGCUGAGGUGCAUAUUAAAGGAAUGAUUUCAGUGAGCCCCCUCUCUUGCAUCU